AUCACAGAGUCCUCAGUCACGACACCUACCUUCUAUAGCCUCACUGGGGACACCCUCAGCGUCUCUCACGCAUGCACGAACACAUUAGCAGAGGUGGUAGUAAUUCAAGCACGCACCCUGUGUUCUCUGUUCCCUCACAUACACUCUGGAAGAGGGUCUGGGAGAGCACGCGGCAUGGAGGAACCGUCCUGUCUUAGCACCGUGGAGCGGUAGGAGCCUGCAGCCAUGAGGUGGGACGCCGGCCUCGGGGUCCUACUACUGAUGCUAGCGGGAGUCUUAUUACUGCGCUGUGCCGAGGCCACGUAUUAUGACAGAAGAAGGACGAGUUACGGAAAUUGGUUCCAGAAGCUAAAACAUGGAUGUGUUUGUAGACGACCAGAUACAAGAGAGUCAUUCGACUGCCUUGGACACAAUCAUUUUGUGAUCAAGGCAAAGGUGAUGAAAUCCGCUGAGAGCCGUGACGUCAUCAAGCCUUCGGUUUCGUACCGACCUGCCGCCAAAUACCCUGUACAUAUACAACAUAUAUUCAAAGAUGUGUCUGGCAGUCUUGAGAAAGGUGACAAUUACGUGACGGCAAACAGAUCCUCUUUCGUCUGUGAUACUUAUUUAAUUACGGGAGAAGAAUAUUUACUAAAAGGGAAAUAUGUACGUGGUGAGUUGCGGCUCGGGAACAUGUGUGAGUAUGGCGGUCAGUGGGACAGUAUACCAAGGUCAAGGACGAACUAUCUCAUGUCACGGGGCACUUGUUCUUUAGCCGACAGACUGCAGCUGCCACCUGGUGGCGAGCUUAAAUCUAAAAACGAAACAAAAUUGGAUUCACACAAGAAAGUACCAAAUUCAGCAAACAAGAUGAAACCUAAAAAUGAACUAAAAUUGGACUCAUCCAAGAAAUCCCCUAGUUUAGCAAGCGAGUUGAAAUCUAAAAACGAAAGAAAAUUGGAACCACCCAAGAAAGCUCCAAGUUUACUGAGCGAAUUUAAAUCUAAAAACGUAACAAAACUGGUAUCAUCCGAGAUUGUUCCAAAGAAGACGUUGGGAUAUAUCAGGUUCGAGAAGCUGAAACAUGGAUGUGUUUGUAGACGACCUGACACAAGAAAAUCAUUCGACUGCCUUGGAAACAACCAUUUUGUGAUCAAGGCAAAGGUGAUGAAAUCCGCUGAGAGCCGUGACGUCAUCCAGCCCUCGGUUUCGUACCGACCGGCCGCUAAAUACCCUGUACAUAUACAACAUAUAUUCAAAGAUGUGUCUGGAAGUCUAGAGAAAGGUGAUAAUUACGUGACGGCAAACAGAUCCUCUUUCGUCUGUGAUACUUAUUUAAUUACUAGAGAAGAAUAUUUACUAAAAGGGAAAUAUGUGGGUGGUGAGUUGCGGCUCGGGAACAUGUGUGAGUAUGGCGGUCAGUGGGACAAGAUACCAAGGUCAAGGACGAUCUAUCUCAUGUCACGGGGCACUUGUUCCUUAGCCGACAGACUGCAGCUGCCAUCUGGUGGCCAGUUUAAAUCUAAAAACGAAACAAAAUUGGAAUUACCCCAGGAAGUACCAAGUUCAGCAAGCAAGUUGAAAGCUAAACACGAAACAAAACUGGUAACACCCAAGAAAGCUCCAAGUUCACUUAGCAAGAUGAAAUUUAAAAACGAAAGAAAAUUGGAACCACGCGAUAAAUAUCCCAGUUUAGUAAGCGAGUUGAAAUCUAAAAACGAAACAAAACUGGUAUCAUCCGAGAUCGCUCCAAGUUUAACAAAGGAGUUGAAACUUAAAAACGGAACAAAAUUGGAACCACCCAAGAUGACCCCUAAGAAGACGUUGGGAGAUGUCAGGUUCGAGAAGCUAAAACAUGGAUGUGUUUGUAGACGACCAGACACAAGAGAGUCUUUCGACUGCCUUGGACACAAUCACUUUGUGAUCAAGGCAAAGGUGAUGAAAUCCGCUGAGAGCCGUGACGUCAUCCAGCCCUCGGUUUCGUACCGACCUGCCGCUAAAUACGCUGUACAUAUACAACAUAUAUUUAAAGAUGUGUCUGGAAGUCUUAAGACAGGUGACAAUUACGUGAUGGCAAACAGAUCCUCUUUCGUGUGCGAUUCUUAUUUGAUUACUGGAGAAGAAUAUUUACUAAAAGGGAAAUAUGUGCAUGGUGAGUUGCGGCUCGGGAACAUGUGUGAGUAUGGUGGUCAGUGGGACAAGAUACCAAGGUCAAGGACGAACUAUCUCAUGUCACGGGGCAGUUGUUCCUUAGCCGACAAACUGCAGCUGCCAUCUGGUGGCCAGUUUAAAUCUAAAAACGAAAGAAAAUCGGAAUCACCCAAGAUCGCUCAAAGUUCAGCAAAGGAGUUGAAACUUAAAAACGAAGUGAAAUUGGACUCACCCAAGAAAGCCCCAAGUUCAGCAAGCGAGUUGAAAUCUAAAAAUGAAACAAAAUUGGAACCACCCAAGAAAGCUCCAAGUUUAGCAAGCGAGUUGAAAUCUAAAAACGAAACAAAACUGGUAUCAUCCAAGAAGGCUCAUAAGGAGACGUUGGGAGAGAAAGGGUUCGAGAAGCUAAAACAUGGAUGUGUUUGUAGACGACCAGACACAAGAGAAUCUUUCGACUGCCUUGGAGACAACCACUUUGUGAUCAAGGCAAAGGUGAUGAAAUCCGCUGAGAGCCGUGACGUCAUCCAGCCCUCGGUUUCGUACCGACCUGCCGCUAAAUACCCUGUGCAUAUAGAACAUAUAUUUAAAGAUGUGUCAGGAAGUCUUGAGACAGGUGACAAUUACGUGAUGGCAAACAGAUCCUCUUUCGUCUGUGAUACUUAUUUGAUUACGGGAGAAGAAUAUUUACUGAAAGGGAAAUAUGUGCGUGGUGAGUUGCGGCUCGGGAACAUGUGUGAGUAUGGCGGUCAGUGGGACAAGAUACCUAGGACAAGGACGAACUACCUCAUGUCACGGGGCACUUGUUCCAUAGCCGACAGACUGCAGCUGCCAUCUGGUAGCCAGUUUAAAUCUAAAAACGAAAGAAAAUUGGAAUCACCCAAGAUCGCUCAAAGUUCAGCAAAGGAGUUGAAACUUAAAAACGAAGUGAAAUUGGACUCACCCAAGAAAGCCCCAAGUUCAGCAAGCGAGUUGAAAUCUAAAAAUGAAACAAAAUUGGAACCACACAAGAAAGUUCUUAGUUUAGCAAGCAAGUUGAAAUCUAAAAACGAAACAAAACUGGUAUCAUCCAAGAAGGCUCAUAAGGAGACGUUGGGAGAGAAAGGGUUCGAGAAGCUGAAACAUGGAUGUGUUUGUAGACGACCAGACACAAGGGAAUCUUUCGACUGCCUUGGAGACAACCAUUUUGUGAUCAAGGCAAAGGUGAUGAAAUCCGCUAAGAGCCGUGACGUCAUCCAGCCCUCGGUUUCGUACCGACCUGCCGCUAUAUACGUUGUACAUAUACAACAUAUAUUUAAAGAUGUGUCUGGAAGUCUUGAGAAAGGUGACGAUUACGUGACGGCAAACAGAUCCUCUUUUGUAUGUGAUACUUAUUUAAUUACUGGAGAAGAAUAUUUACUAAAAGGGAAAUAUGUGCGAGGUGAGUUGCGGCUCGGGAACAUGUGUGAGUAUGGCGGUCAGUGGGACAAGAUACCUAGGUCAAGGACGAACUACCUCAUGUCACGGGGCACUUGUUCCAUAGCCGACAGACUGCAGCUGCCAUCUGGUGGGGAGUUUUACUCUAAAAAAGAAACAAAAUUGGGAUCUUUUAAGAAAGCUCCAAGUUUAACAAGCGAGUUGAAACCUAAAAACGCAAGAAAAUUGGAACCAGCUAAGAAAGCUUCAAGUUUAGUUAGCGGAUUUGUAUCUAAAAAUAAAACAAAAGUGACAUCAUCCAAGAUGGCUCCUAAUAAGACGUUAGGAGAGAAAGGGUUCGAAAAGCUGAAACAUGGAUGUGUUUGUAGACUACCAGACACAAAAGAGUCAUUCGACUGCCUUGGAGACAACCAUUUUGUGAUCAAGGCAAAGGUGAUGAAAUCCGCUGAGAGCCGUGACGUCAUCCAGCCCUCGGUUUCGUACCGACCUGCCGCUAUAUACCCUGUACAUAUACAACAUAUAUUUAAAGAUGUGUCUGGAAGUCUUGAGGCAGGUGACAAUCACGUGACGGCAAACAGAUCUUCUUUCGUCUGUGAUACUUAUUUAAUUACAGGAAGAGAUUAUUUACUUAAAGGGAAAUAUGUGCGUGGUGAGUUGCGGCUCGGGAACAUGUGUGAGUAUGGCGGUCAGUGGGACAGGAUACCAAGGUCAAGGACGAACUAUCUCAUGUCACGUGGCAGUUGUUCCUUAGCCGACAGACUGCAGCUGCCAUCUGGUGGCCAGUUUAAAUCUAAAAAAGAAACAAAAUUGGACUCACCCAAGAAAGUUUCAAGUUCAGCAAGCGAGUUGAAAUCUAAAAACGAAACAAAAUUGGUCUCACCCAAGAAAGCACCAAGUUCAGCAAGCGAGUUGAAAUCUAAAAACGAAAGAAAUUUGGAACCACCCAAGAAAGUUCCAAGUUUACUUGGCGAGUUUAAAUCUAAAAACGAAUCAAAACUGGUAUCAUCCAACAUGGCUCCUAAGAAAACGUCGGGAGAUAUCAGGUUCCAAAAGCUGAUACAUGGAUGUGUUUGUAGACGACCAGACACAAGAGAGUCUUUCGACUGCCUUGGAGACAGCCAUUUUGUGAUCAAGGCAAAUGUGAUGAAAUCCGCUGAGAGCCGUGACGUCAUCCAACCCUCGGUUUCGUACCGACCUUCCGCUAAAUACCCUGUACAUAUACAACAUAUAUUCAAAGAUGUGUCUGGAAGUCUUAAGAAAGGUGACAAUUACGUGACGGCAAACAGAUCCUCUUUCGACUGUGAUACUUAUUUAAUUACUGGAGAAGAAUAUUUACUAAAAGGGAAAUAUGUGCGUGGUGAGUUGCGGCUCGGGAACAUGUGUGAGUAUGGCGGUCAGUGGGACAGGAUACCAAGGUCAAGGACGAACUAUCUCAUGUCACGUGGCAGUUGUUCCUUAGCCGACAGACUGCAACUGCCAUCUAGUGGCAAGUUUUUAUCUAAAAACGAAACACAACUGACAAUACCCAAGUUAGCUCCAAGCUUAGUUAGCCAGUUUAAAACUAAAAACAAAACAAAAUUAGUAUCACCCAUAAUAGCUCAAAGUUUAGUUACCAAGUUUAAAUUAAAAAACAAAGUAAAAUGGGAACCAACCAAGAACAUGCCAAGUUUUGCGACUAAGCGCAAAGUCCAGCCAUUAAUCUGGGGUCGGUAAUGAUAAUACCGGAGUUCCGUAUGCGGUGACAGAAAUUAUCCACUGACAUUUGCUCUUUAGAUCUGUCAAAGUAUACGUACAGUCCAUUACUUCCUAUAUUCCUUUUUUUCAUAAUUUAUUUAUUGCCCUUCAUAAUUUAUUGCAGAACAUUUUUUCAUGUUUUCUUUUUGUUUUUUGUGUGCAUUUGUGUUUUAGGAGUUAUCUAUUAACUUAUCUGCUGUAUAUUGUUUUCGUUAC